CUCUGGGCUACAAAAACAUUUUUUGUGCUCCGAUCGAAGACAACACAUGAACGGGAUCUUUUCUCUCUCGUUGUAAAGCUCUACAGCCUGCCAAAAGCCCUCAAAUCUGAAGAUGUCUCUGGUGGAUCUGGGGAAGAAGCUGCUUGAGGCGGCACGCUCCGGGCAGGACGACGAGGUUCGGAUCCUCAUGGCUAACGGUGCUCCAUUCACCACAGACUGGUUGGGGACAUCCCCGCUGCACCUGUCCGCUCAGUACGGUCAUUACUCCACCACUGAAGUGCUUCUGCGCGCCGGCGUCAGCCGCGACGCUCGGACCAAAGUGGACCGGACUCCUCUGCACAUGGCAGCUUCAGAGGGCCACGCUCGCAUCGUGGAGGUGCUGCUGCAGCACGGUGCUGAUGUUAAUGCUAAAGACAUGCUGAAGAUGACGGCUCUUCACUGGGCAGCGGAGCACGGUCACCGCGAUGUGGUGGAGCUGCUGCUGCGUUUUGGGGCAGAUGUCCACGCUCAGAGCAAAUUCUGCAAGACUGCGCUGGACAUUGCGCUGGACAACAACAACGAGGAACUGUCCGAAAUGCUGCAGGUGGCCAUGCAGAAUCAGAUAAACACUAACCCGGAGAGUCCAGACAUGCUGACCAUCCACACAGCUUCACCACAGUUCAUCAUCGGACCUGGAGGGGUUGUCAACUUGGCCGGACUCAUCUCCCCCGGGAAUCCCGCCAAAUCCGCAGUGAUGGCUGCAGAGGAAGUCGUAGCGGCAGACUCCGUCGAUGGAGCCAUCCAGCAGGUCGUCAGCUCUGGAGGUCAGCAAGUCAUCACUAUAGUGACUGAUGGCAUUCAACUGGGCAACCUGCAGACGGGCGGAGCCAUCAGCCAGCCAAUCAUCGUCACCAUGCCUGACGGACAGCAAGUGCUGACGGUUCCAGCCACAGACAUUGCGGAGGAGACGGUGGUGAGUGAGGAGCCGUCGCUGAAGCGGCCGCGAGUUGAGCUGGAAGAGGAUGAAGAGGAGGAGAGUAAUGUCACUCAGACGCAGGAGAUAAAGGAGAAGGUGGCGCUCUUGAAGCAGUUGGAGGAAGCGAAUAGAGAAGCGCAGAAAUAUCGGCAGCAGUUCCUGAAGAAGGAGCAGGAGGCCGAGGCUUACCGACAGAAACUGGAGGCUAUCACGCGCCAAGGAGGGAAGAAAACAGCGUGAUGAGCACUACCAUACGUCAGAGACGUGGACAAACGAGACUCUUCCAAACGGAUGUUAAUGUACUUUUUAAAAAGACCACCUGUAGACCACCGCUGUGAUCAGAAACACUCCAAAAAUGGUUCGAACUGCAAUGAAAAACUCAAAAAUCAGCCGGACUGGAUGAAACAGCCGCAGAAAUCCAGCAGCGGAACAUGAUCUGCUUUUAACCUGAUUAUAAUAAUACAGAUACUCCACAGUGUUAAAGGUGUUCGCCACAACUUUUCAACCUUACCUGUGUCUGUUGUAUCUAUAGUGUAGAGUUGAUUACCACAGAGAAUACUUUGAACACGUUUCCCUGAAUUCAGAUGAUGCUAGAAAAACCCUUGACUCAGAAUGGACUUAGAAUAGAAGUCAAUGGGCACAUGCUGAAAGCAGUUCUUUUCAAACACACAGUACUGAUGCAACAGGGUGAAAAAUGGAGACGUGCUCAUUUAAAGUGUUACAUUGUGUUGUGAGAGGAGUUUGGAGAUGAUGAUGAUGAUGAUGAGGAUGAUGAUGAGGAUGAUGAUGAUGAGAACAUCAGUGUAGGGCUGCGCAAUAUGGACAAAAUAUCGUAAUGCAGUCACAGUUAUUUAGAAAUAAUAAUCGUAAUUGCAGUACCCCUUAAAUAAUGUGAAUGGUGAAAAAAAACAAAAGCAUUAUUUUGUUUGUGGACAGCACUAGUGUAACUAGCAUAAUGCUAUAGCUCUAUGUCUGACAUCCAUGUCUAUAAUUUUUCCUGUUUUGGAUUCUCUUUGAGACUUUUAUUUUAUAAUUUGUUUAUUGUAUCUAUGUAUUUGGGUAGACAAUAUGGCUAUAAUGUAAUAUUGCAGUACUUUUUCACAAAAACAACAUUUAGAUUUUUGAUGAAUUGAAACAGGAGCUGCACCAGUAAAAUUCUAUCAAGAA